UCGUGCUCCUUUUUUAGCUCUCCCCUCUCUCCUCAUUCUAACGGUUCUUUUUCUUCAUCCUCUUCUCAUUUUACUUUCUUCCUCUCCUUUAAUCUAUGAUGAUUGAGUAAUCCCCCUAUCUGGAUUUCGACCCUGAACCAGAUGGGGAUCCAAGAAAGGGGCACAUACAUCAUCCUUCUCUACUAAUGUUUACUUUGAUCUUUAUGCAGGAGGAUAAGCUGCUGCAUAUAGAUCAAUACGGCUCUAAAAUUAAGGAGUCGAAACCGGAAGAGGAUGAUUUCUUACCAGUGCCCUUCAAUUUGGAUUCCCCAUCUGCGCAAGGUGUCAAAUUUCAGGUAUAUAAUGGGAACUCCUGACAAUGAUCAUCCUUCCGAUUCUUCGGAGAAAAGAUUUGAAGUUAACAAACCCAGGGUUUCUGCACAUGAAGAAGUAUUGAACAAAAUUGAUCCUUUGUUUCGUGAAGCCGGCCAGAUCAUACGAGGUAUGCCUCUCUCUCAUCUACGUAUUGUUCAGACGCAUGCUCAAGCUUUCAUGGCUUCGGUCAAUAUGGAAGAAAAGUGGAGACAUAAUGAAGUGUCCCAGUGUGUUAAGGACUGUCAACCUAAUGAAACAUCUCAACAACCUAGUGCCAGGGCCGAAAGGUUCGCCGCUCGACUGAAACGGCGUAGGGUCGAACAUAAGAUACCUCCAGGCGGGGGUAAAUUUGAUUACCCUGUUCAUAAUGGUAUCAUAAUCCUUGACUCUGAUGUUGACGAACCGGAGUAUCCUCAAGAAGUUGUUGGUGCAGUUUCUGAGGGAGACGUCUGUGCGGCCCGCGAGAAGGAAAACAAGACAGCUUAUGGAGAGGAUGAAGCAACUGAGGAUGCUGUUGAAGCAUCCACUAGAGAAGACGCUGAGGUCGUUGAAGAGGACGCUGAGGCAUUUGUCGGAGAGGAUGCCGAAGCAAGCGCUGGAGCAGGCUUUGGAGAGGAUGCAUCAACUGAGGAUGCUGAGGUAGCCGCUGGAACAGCUUCCGGAGGUGAUGUCUGCUGCCGUAGAGGAUGUUGUAUAAGGUGUUUAAAGGAACCCUAAUGGAGGCGCUGUUGACCCUGGCGUCGAUAUUGACAACUAGUUUUCCCAUUUUGUGAUUUUCUUCCGUAAAGAAAACAAUCUUUUCGUAGCUUGUAGAUGUUUUUGAUACUUCAGUUUUUUUUGUCCAUGUGACUGGAGCCAUGCUUCACCGAGUAAUAUUCUUUCAUUUAUGUUGCUUUGAUAAU